GCGGCCGCAGCGUGGGCAGGGAGCGAGCGGCGCGGGGCCUGGGCGCGCGGGCGCAGCGCAGAGCGCUCCGACGCACACCGACGGCGAGGACCCGACAGCGGCCCCUCUGCGCUCCCAGGCUCCAGCCCAGUGCCCACCCGGCAGCCGCCCGGCCCAGCCCGCCGCGCACGCCGGGCUCCCGAUGGCGUCCGAGGUCGGGGCGUCCCCGCGGGCUCGGCUCCCGCUGCCCUGGGCGGCGCUGCUGCUCCUGGCCGCGCUGCUGCCAGUCGUCUCCUCGGCGAGGGCUCCAGCUGACCACCCACUGAAGCCAAGGCAUGUGAAACUGCUGUCCACUAAAAUGGGCCUGAAAGUCACGUGGGACCCACCCAAAGAUGCUACCAGUAGACCCGUGGAGCAUUACAACAUUGCCUAUGGGAAGUCACUGAAAAGUCUUAAAUACAUCAAGGUGAAUGCGGAGACACACUCCUUCCUUAUUGAGGAUGUGGAGCCGGGGGUAGUGUACUUUGUGCUGGUUACUGCAGAAAACAACAGUGGAGUGAGCCGUCCAGUUUACAGAGCUGAAAGCCUGCCUGGAGGUGAAUGGAUCAAGAUUGAUGGUUUUCCCAUUAAGGGUCCUGGACCAUUUACUGAAACCGUCACAGAAAAGGACGUGCCCAACAAGCCCUUGCGGGUCCGAGUCCGCUCCUCCAACGACCAGCUGUCCGUGGCAUGGAAGGCGCCUCACCUGUCUGGAGCUAAGAGUCCACGCAGAUCACGGGGCUUCCUUCUGGGCUAUGGAGAAAGUGGCCGGAAGAUGAAUUAUGUUCCACUGACGAGGGAUGAGCGAACACACGAAAUUAAAAAGCUAGCCUCCGAGUCAGUGUACGUGGUCUCACUGCAGUCCCUGAACUCCCGGGGUCAGAGUCAGCCCGUCUACAGGGCUGCCCUAACAAAGCGGAAGAUUUCAGAAGAGGAUGAACUGGAUGUACCUGAAGACAUCAAUGUCCGGGUAAUAUCGUCCCAAUCUGUGCUGGUAGCCUGGGUGGAUCCUGUUUUGGAAAAACAGAAGAAAGCUGUUGCAUCAAGACAGUACACUGUGCGCUACCGAGAAAAGGGGGAGUCCGCAAGGUGGGAUUACAAGCAGGUCUCCAACAGACGAGUGCUGAUAGAGAACUUGAUUCCAGACACCAUGUAUGAAUUUGCAGUCCGCAUCUCACAGGGUGAACGAGACGGCAAAUGGAGUACAUCUGUCUUCCAGAGAACACCAGAAUCUGCUCCUACCACAGCUCCUGAAAAUUUAACUGUCUGGCCAGUCAAUGGCAAACCUACGGCUGUCACUGUAGCUUGGGAUGCACUGCUUGAGACCGAGGGGAAAGUGAAAGAAUACAUUCUUUCAUACGCCCCGGCUCUCAAACCAUUUGGAGCAAAGUCCCUCACCUAUCCUGGAGAGACUACUUCUGCCCUAGUGGAUGGUCUGCAGCCUGGGGAACGCUAUCUUUUCAAAAUCCGGGCCGCAAACAGGAGAGGAUUGGGGCCUCAUUCCAAAGCCUUCAUUGUCGCUCUGCCAACAACCCCUACCAGUGAGUCUGAUGUUCAUCAGAAAGCAGACACGGAAGAUCCUCCCAAGCCUGAAGAGCCCGAGCCUUCCUCAUCUUCACCCAAAGCUCCAGCUUCCUCAAAACACACUCGUUUGCCUGUUUCUCCCCAAGGGAGAAAUGUCAAGAACCUGCUUCUUGACUUGAAGAACAAAAUAUUGGCUAAUGGUGGGCUGCCCAGAAAACCCCAGCUUCCCCCUCGGAAGAGUGGAGGGGUGGAUCUUCAGUCAACAGAAAUCACCGAGGAGGAAGCACUGGAUUCCCGAGGGCACCCACCAACCUCGCCCUCGGAGACCCAAGGCCAGAAGCACCAGCAGAGGCCACCAAGUAGACCUGUUCACCCGGUCCUGCCUGCGGGGCGGGCUCCAGGGAGAGCCCGAACGCCGGGGCUGCCCCGGAAGGACGGCGCGGAGAAGCGUGGCUCCUCGCCCCCCUCCGCCUCUUCGGUCCCAGCCACACCCCCUGAGGGCCGCGCUCACCGCCCUUCCAGCUCUGAUGACAAUGACUCCGAGGGCCAAGAGGAGGAAGGGCCAGCCGCAGGCUCCCCGCAGCUGCCUCCCAGGAGCGCAGCGCACGCCCGGCCCGCCCUGGCGCCCGGCCGGCACCCAGCCUUGGGCGCCCUGCGCGACGGAGGCUCCGCGAACCACGGCGCCAAACCAGCCUUGCCCGCUCGGAGGGCGCCCCACUCUGAGGAUGGGGAGGAAAAUUCCAGGGCUUCAGCCCCACCCGCGAGACUGUCUCCAUCCCACGCGGGGCCAUCUCGGCUGCUGCCCACCCAACCACAGCCCGGGCCCCCGCUCUCCAGGGGCUGGAAGGAUGGUCACGAUGCCCCAGCCGCCAAGUCCACCCCGCCAUUAUGGGCUACCCAGCCCUCCUCGGUCUCCUCUCGUCUCUCCUCAAGGACACAGGCCUCUGAAGGCGGAGAUGAGUCGGACGGCGGCGGUGACAGUGAUGCUGAAGAGAAAGGGAAGGAGGCUGAAGCCACGGCCCCGACGGUGCGGUCCCGGGCGCCUGUCUCUGGACAUUUCAGUGCGCUCAGGAACAGGCCCUUCGCUGCCCCCGGCAGAUAUCCGCACAGGCUUGGUGGCAGCCGAGGACCCCGGUUACGGACCUCCAGCUCCCCGCCGUCCACCGUGGCCCCCCGGGUUCACUCGAGGGUGAAUUCUCACCCACCUUCUGACCACAGGCGAGGCUUGGGCGGCCAUGAAGACAGCGAAGAAGAGGCAGGGGACGAACAGCCGCUCCCGGCCACCGUGGCGAGUGACCACGCGUCUUCCUCCUCUGGGCAGCCUGUCUCCCGGGGCGCGGACCACCUGAGAAGAGGGCCCCAGAGAGCGGCGAGCCUGCAGCGGAAGGAGCCCCUCGAAGAGAACCCCAAGUCCGCGGCGACCUGGGCAGGGGCGCAUCCUCAGGCCAAAUCUCCGCCCUCUAAGGCGCAGGAUGUUCAACAGAGCACCGACGCGGGCGUGGAGGGCGGCUCUCCGCAGACGCAGCUGCCUCCUGCGCCUCGCUCGCAGCACCACCGCGGGACCCGCGUGCCCCGGAGGAUGGGUGCCGGGUCCGCCGCUCCGGAAAAGCAGCCUUCAUCCGCCGUCUCUGCGUCCCAGCAUCAGCCCCGCGGCCCGCAGAGCAAGGAAGAGGGGCGUCCGCCUUCCAAACCCCAGGCCGGGCGUCCCCACCCCACGUCGCAGGAAAGCGCCUCCUUCUCAGACCCUUACUCGUCCAGAGGCAGCCCCCACGGGGGGCUCCCCACAUCUCCCCAGAAUCAGAGCGAGGAUUCCGACGACAGCGCAGAAGCGGAGACCCGGGGCAUCCGGGCGCCCGCAUACUCGGAGGCUGCCAAGGUCGCCACCCCGUCCCUUCCCAAGCACCGCCAGGUGGAGGCUCCGGCAAGAAGCGCCAGCGACAGUCACCUCCGCAGACCCCUAGGCAGGCCCGGCAGCCUCCACCCCCAAGCCCGCCCCAGGGUCCCCGGCAGAGCAGGGCCCCAGGCGGUGGGAAAGGCCGGUGCGUCCCAGGCCGCGCCACCCAAAAGGGAGCCCCUGCCGUCAAAAUCGCAGCAGUCGGUCUCGGCCGAGGAGGAAGAUGAAGACGUGAUGUUUUUUAAAGGAGGAAAGGACAAGGACAAGGACCCACUGUCUUCCUCUGUUCCAAAGUGGCCCUCCUCCUUCAUCCCCAGGGGCGGGAAGCAUGUGGAUGGGAGCAUCGCUAAGGGGGAAGCAGAGCUUGCGCCUCCCAGAGUGAGCUCCCCGCAGGACAGGAACGCCACCCCGGUGAAGCGUCCUCCUCCUCCACCUCUGGGCAGCUCCCCGAGAGCCACGCACCUCCCGCCCAGACAGCCCCCUCGCAGCCCUGCCACCCCAAGUCCCACGGAGGCCCCCCCGUCCCCGCCGCGGUUCACCACGCGCGCCCCGGCCAUCUACUCGUCCACCACCCCUAUGCUCUCCUUGCGCCAGCGCAUGAUGAACUCAAGAUUCCGGAACCCUUUCUCACGCGCGCCUGUGAGACCCCCUUCCAGACAAGGUUAUAAUGGAAGACCAAAUGCAGAAGGGAGAGUACUUCCUGGUAGUAAUGGAAAACCAAGUGGACAAAGAAUUAUCAAUGGCCCUCAAGGAACAAAGUGGGUCGUGGAUCUUGAUCGUGGGUUAGUAUUGAACGGAGAAGGAAGGUACCUCCAAGAUUCACAAGGAAAUCCCCUUCGAGUUAAACUAGGAGGAGAUGGUCGAACCAUUGUGGAUCUGGGAGGGACCCCCGUGGUGAGCCCCGAUGGCCUCCCCCUCUUCGGGCAGGGGCGACAUGGCAAACCCUUGGCCGGUCCCCAGGAUAAGCCCAUUUUGAGCCUCGGAGGGAAGCCCCUGGUGGGCUUGGGGGUCGUCAAGACAACCACCCAUGCCUCCACCGCCAGCACGCGACCCCCGACCACCACGCCCCCUCGGCCCACCACGACCAGCACCACGCGCCCAGCGACCACCCGAACCACUACGCAGUCAACCACCACUACCACCACCCCCGAGCCCACCGCCCGCAUCCCCACCUGUCGCCCCGGGACCCUGGAGCGACACGACGAGGAUGGCAACCUCGUCGUGGGCUCAGAUGGGAUCCCGGAGUGCCACCCCGAGGAAGAUGAGUUCUCAGGAUUGGAGACCGACACGGCAGUGCCCACGGAAGAGGCGUACGUGAUCUAUGAUGAAGAUUAUGAAGUUGAGACCUCAAGGCUGCCGGCCACCACCCAGCCCUCCACCCCUGCUGCCACUCCUGCUGUCAUCCCCCCAGAAGGCUCCAUCACUUCCUACCCUGAAGAAGAGUUCGAUCUGGCUGGAAAGAAACGCUUUGUUGCUCCUUAUGUGACAUACCUAAAUAAAGACCCGUCUGCCCCAUGCUCUCUGACUGAUGCUCUGGAUCACUUCCAAGUGGACAGCCUGGAUGAAAUCAUUCCAAACGACCUGAAGAAGAGUGACCUGCCUCCUCAGCAUGCCCCCCGCAACAUCACUGUGGUCGCCGUGGAAGGCUGCCACUCAUUUGUCAUUGUGGACUGGGACAAAUCGGCCCCGGGAGAUAUGAUAACAGGUUACUUGGUUUACAGUGCAUCCUAUGAAGACGUCAUCAGGAACAAGUGGUCCACCCAAGCUUCAUCAGUAACUCACCUGCCCAUUGAGAACCUGAAGCCAAACACGAGGUAUUAUUUUAAAGUUCAAGCCAAAAAUCCUCACGGCUAUGGACCUAUCAGCCCUUCGGUCUCAUUUGUCACAGAAUCAGAUAAUCCUUUGCUUGUUGUGAGGCCACCAGGUGGUGAGCCCAUCUGGAUCCCAUUUGCUUUCAAACAUGACCCUGGCUACACGGACUGCCACGGCCGACAGUAUGUGAAGCGGACGUGGUACAGAAAGUUUGUGGGAGUCGUUCUUUGUAAUUCACUGCGGUAUAAGAUCUACCUCAGUGAUAACCUGAAAGAUACCUUCUACAGCAUUGGGGACAGUUGGGGAAGAGGUGAAGACCACUGUCAAUUUGUGGAUUCACACCUGGAUGGAAGAACAGGGCCUCAGUCCUACAUAGAAGCCCUCCCUGCCAUUCAAGGCUACUAUCGCCAGUACCGCCAGGAGCCAGUCAGCUUUGGCAACAUAGGCUUUGGGACCCCCUACUACUACGUGGGCUGGUACGAGUGUGGGGUUUCCAUCCCAGGGAAGUGGUAACCACAGGACGGUCGUGCUGGAAGCUUGCCCUGCCCGGCCCCCUCGACUAACUUGCACUAGGGCCUGUGAGCAGGAGAAGAGAUGGUGUCCCAAGCCUCACUGUCCCCAGUGUCAGCAAGGCCAUACGGUGGACACUGGACACUUCAGGCAUCUUUGAUCUGGAGCUCAGUCCUACUUCUUGGUUUGGACCACACACAGAAUUCAAUGUUGCUGUUAACUUUGCUUCUCCACAUGUUUUGCUUAUAAUAGCUCAUCCCAGAGACGGCAGAUAUACACAGCUACCAGGACGCCUGGUGUGACUUUCAUACUUUUUAGGCACAAAGUUCAGACACUUUGAUAUCUCCCGGGAUCACCAUAAACACGCGGUGCUUGCUUUGUGGAACACCACCCUUGUUCUUUUUUCUCACUGGACCCCUCCAAAAGUAGCUAAAUUUAAGCUUUGGAUCCCUUUCUGUGCAGUAGAACUGAAUUACUAAAAAUGCCACCAAAGGAAAUGUAGCCUACUUAAGAUUUAUUCUGUGGACUUACCCACCACUAGACCAAUUGUAUCAAAUCUUACUUGUAAAUUCUCAAUUUUGAUAUAUAUAUAUAUAUGUAUAUAUGCAUAUACAUAUCCACACUUGUCUGCAAAGACAUUGAUU